CUUCAAUUCUCUAGAAAAUUGUAGGAUCUGUUAUUGUCUAACGUUUAUUCCUUCAGUCAUUAUUAUGCUGGCUGUGUGUGUGUGAGCCGAACAGUUUGUUUUAAUGUUAUUCUCUCUCUCUCUUUACUCUUUUUUUCUGCUUUGCUAGCCUUUAACGACGUUCCAUUCUUUUAUUAUUUUCUGUUUUUUUCUGGUUUAUUAAGCGAGAUCGUCCGUGACGCUUCCUUACAACGUAACUUUGGUGGAAUAAUGCGGGCAAUCCAGUAAAUUACAAUUGAAGAUAAUUUAAUUGAUGAAAUUUUUAUCAGGUGGAGAGAAUGGCAAAAGAGGUUUGAAUCUUUUGAUAACAAAAAAUGGCCGAGUUAUCAACCUUGGAAGCAAGACGUCUGUAGUCGUUAAAGCCGGUGACAUAUUCCAUUUAGAAACUCCUGGUGGCGGGGGCUACGGUAAACCGGGAGAAAAUGUCGAUCGUUGUACACAAAAGUUGACCACAAUUCGCCAUUUUGUAGAAAAAGGAAGUGUACACGAAUAUCGCCGUAUGCAAGAAACAGCUUAAAAGCUUAAAUGAAUUUUUAUAUAUUAUAGUUUAAUUAUUGUCAAAAGGUCCGAGAGACAAUUAAAUUGUGUUGACAUUAUUCAUUGUCGUUUAC